AUGAUUAUUUAUGAUGAAUUAAAUAAAGAAUUGAUUGAUUCUCAAGAAUUUAUUUUUAAUGGCUCUUUGUCAUAUGUGGAGCAUUAUUUAACAUUGGAGGAAUUGAGGGACAUUCAUCCCGAUUCUUUCAUUGAUUUGAAUGCACCUGAGAAAAGUGAUGGAUUGUCUAGUGAAGAGGCUAAGAAGCGAUUAAAAGAUGGAGGUGCCAAUGUUUUAGCCCCGCCAAAAAGAAUCUCUAAUUUAAAAUUAUUUGCCAAACAAUUCCUAUACAAAUUUUGGUUGCUUUUGAUGGGAGCGGCACUUUGUACAAUAUUUACUUAUUUUAUUCAUUUAUAUCACGGAACAGAAGAAUUACUAAAUCUUUAUUGUGCCUUUACUUUAAUUGCUGUUGUUCUGAUUAUGAGUUUUCUAAGUUUUUGGCAAGAAAAGAAAGCAAUGAGGGUUGUUUAUGAUUUUGCCCAACAUAUGCCUCAUAAUUGCUCUAUUAUUCGGGAUUGUGAAGAAAAACAAAUUCCUUCAGAUGAAUUGGUCGUUGGGGAUAUUGUUAUAAUUAGAUCUGGCCAGCAAGUUCCUGCCGAUAUUCGAAUUUUACAAUCAAAUGGAGUCAAAAUAGAAUCAUCAGCAAUUAAUGGAGAGCCCCAAGCUGUUGACUACACAAACGAACCGGCGGCUAAACAUGUUGCUCUUUUUGAUGCGAGAAAUGUAAUCCUUCGAGGUUGUUAUUGUACGGAGGGGGAAGCUAUUGGAUUGGUGAUUAGAACGGGGAAAUAUACGAUGUUGGGUAAUUUUACACAUUUACAAUCGACUGUUAAAUUAACAGAAACUUUACUACAAAAAGAAAUUGCAAAAUUUGUUCAGUUUAUUUCAAUUAUUGCUCUUUCGAUGGGAGUUAUUUUCUUUUUAAUUGGCUGUGUCGUCACAAGGUUUAUUAAAAAAUUGGAUAUAAUUGAUGAAUUGGGGGCAGCAACGGUUAUUGCUACAGACAAGACUGGCACAUUAACACAAAAUUUGAUGAUACUUACAGAUAUGUGGUUAGUGGAUUUUUUAAAUUUUUUUAGGGUAGCUCCCCGAGCCUUCGGGGUUCUCCUCCUUUUCUCCCUCCCUUUAGAGCCUUCCUUUAAUAUUUUAAAUUUUUAA